AUGGACUCGGUGUACGACUUCAUCGUGGUGGGCGGCGGGUCGGCGGGCUCGGCGCUGGCGGCGCGGCUCUCCGAGGUGCCCGAGUGGCGCGUGCUGCUGCUCGAAGCUGGUUUCGACGAGCCCACGGGAGCUCAGGUGCCGUCUAUGUUCCUGAACUUCAUCGGCUCCAGCAUCGACUGGGGCUACCAGACCGAGCCCGAGCCCGCCGCCUGCCUCGGCGAGAAGGACCGCAAGUGCUACUGGCCUAGGGGAAAGGUGCUCGGCGGAACCUCGGUGAUGAACGGCAUGAUGUACAUGCGCGGUUCUCGCAAGGACUACGACGCGUGGGCGGCGGCCGGCGUCGAAGGCUGGGCCUACGACGACGUGCUGCCCUACUUCCUGCGCUCCGAGGACAACAAGCAGCUGGACCAGAUGGACCAGGGCUACCACGCGACGGGCGGCCCGUUAACUGUCUCGCAGUUCCCGUACCAUCCCCCACUGAGUUAUAGUCUGGUGAAGGCUGGAGAGGAGUUGGGUAAGAGAUGCUUUGACAACAAGCAGCUGGACCAGAUGGACCAGGGCUACCACGCGACUGGUGGCCCGUUAACGGUGUCGCAGUUCCCGUACCAUCCCCCGCUGAGUUACAGCUUGGUGAAGGCUGGAGAGGAGUUGGGUAAGCUGGCUGUUUAA